GGGCGGGACGGGGCGGGUGCCACCGCCCACGGCAGGCGGCGCGGCGUGGGGCCGUGGCGGUGGCCGCCCCUCCCGUCCCCAUUCCCUCGCCCGUGCCCGUGCCGAGCGCUCGCGGUCCGGCGCGCAGCGCGACGCGCCUCCGGAUGAAUGAAGAAAAUACUUACUAUGAAGAAUAAAAGUACUUGAUUCUGGGAAAACUCUUAAAGCACUUCUAUCUUCAAAGCUGGAGAAAAGUAUGAAGGAACAAUCCAUCUGAGUCCCUCAGCAUCUCACACAGAACACAAAAUGGCUCUUCAGAAAAAAACUGUUGCUAGUGUCUUGGAAGAGUGGUGUUUGGAGGAAUCACUCUUCGGUUGCAGACGGCACCAGAAUGUUAGGAAAAAAAUGAGACUGAUACGAAUUAUAGGGCUUGUUGUCAGUGUAGUGGCCAUUAGUACUUUCUCUCUUUCAAUUAGUGCCUUUUUCAAGAUGGAACCACAUAGCGUGGCAUUGGUCAGCAGCCUAGGUAGCCAAAAGCUGGUACAUGGGCACCAAAGAACUCUGUUGGAUUUCACGGAACAGAAUGAAGAUGGCACUCCAGACCCACAUACUAUGAAAUACGAAGCUGAGCACAAAAAUGCAACAGAUGAUCAUGUCAAGGGAGAGUACCCAGAGGACCUUUUCUCUCUUGAGGAAAGAAGAAAGGGAGCCGUGAUCCUCCAUAUAAUUGGAAUGAUUUACAUGUUUAUAGCCUUAGCCAUAGUCUGCGAUGAGUUCUUUGUUCCUUCCUUGACUGUCAUCACUGAAAAACUGGCCAUAUCUGAUGAUGUGGCAGGGGCAACCUUCAUGGCUGCUGGUGGGUCAGCCCCAGAACUCUUCACAUCUUUAAUAGGAGUGUUUAUAUCCCACAGCAAUGUUGGCAUUGGUACAAUAGUGGGAUCUGCCGUGUUCAAUAUCCUGUUUGUUAUUGGAAUGUGUGCUUUAUUUUCUAGAGAGAUUUUGAACCUUACUUGGUGGCCACUUUUUCGAGAUGUGUCCUUUUACAUUGUUGAUUUGAUCUUGCUAAUCAUCUUUUUUCUGGAUAACUUCAUCAUGUGGUGGGAAAGCUUAGUACUCCUGACAGCGUAUUUUUGCUAUGUGACUUUCAUGAAGUUCAAUGUUCAAGUAGAAGAAUGGGUGAAGAAAUUUUUGAACAGAAACAAGGUUGAGAAGGUAACAACAGCAGACGCUGAAGGAAAGUCAUCUAAUGCUGGCGACAAGGAUGACCAAACACUGACGACCAAACCACGGCUUCAGCGGGGAGGAAGCUCUGCAUCUCUCCACAACAGUUUAAUGAGGAACAGCAUCUUCCAGCUCAUGAUUCACACACUUGACCCACUUGCUGAAGAGCUUGGAUCAUAUGGAAACCUAAAAUAUUAUGACACAAUGACUGAAGAAGGAAAGUUCAAGGAAAGGGCCUCAAUUCUGCAUAAGAUUGCCAAAAAGAAGUGCCAGGUGGAAGACAGUGAAAGGCAGAAUGGAGCUGCUAAUCAUGAAAAAAGUGCAAAAGUGGAAGUUGCAGUAACACCACCAAGUGAUUCAGGACCGGUACAGAAUGGAAUCGCCCAUAACGUUGAAGAAGAGAACGAAGAGGAUGAGGACCAGCCUCUCAGCCUGGCCUGGCCUGACACCCCACGCAAGCAGCUCACCUACCUUCUUGUGUUACCCAUUGUUUUUCCACUGUGGGCUUCCCUCCCGGAUGUCAGAAAACCUAGCUCAAGAAAAUUUUUUCCUAUCACAUUUUUUGGCUCAAUCAGCUGGAUUGCAUUUUUUUCUUACUUAAUGGUCUGGUGGGCACAUCAGGUUGGAGAGACCAUUGGUAUUAGUGAAGAAAUCAUGGGAUUGACUAUUCUAGCUGCUGGCACAUCCAUUCCUGACCUUAUUACCAGUGUUAUUGUAGCACGCAAAGGGCUGGGGGACAUGGCUGUAUCCAGUUCUGUUGGAAGCAACAUAUUUGACAUCACAGUGGGCCUUCCUCUUCCGUGGCUCCUGUAUGCAGUGAUUAACAGCUUUAUCCCAGUGCCAGUCAGCAGCAAUGGUCUGUUCUGUGCAAUUGUCCUCCUCUUCAUCAUGCUGCUGUUCGUCAUCCUCUCCAUUGCUUUCUGCAAGUGGAGAAUGAAUAAAAUUCUGGGCUUUCUCAUGUUUGGACUUUAUUUUGUGUUCCUGAUUGUCAGUGUCCUCCUAGAGGACAAAGUGAUCCAGUGUCCUGUCUCCAUCUAGAGAAAAGUGCUGUUUCUUGAGAGAAAAAAAAAAAAUCCCCAAUAUAUUUAUUCAAAAAUAAACUUAUCUCAAAAUGAAA